UUAAAGUAUACCUUUACAGGUUUUAGAAGAAACCAAACGAAAACACGAAAUAAAAAAAAGGAAAAUAAUAAUUUCGCAGCAGCUUUGAAGAAGAGAGAGUUCGAUCCAUCGUCGUCGUCACUAGUAGUUGUUCAGAUCUCCCCAGAUUUCACCUUCUUUCGAUCUGUAAAAUCUUAGCUCCAUAACGAUGGCGACUGAGAAUCACGCGGAUAAGAACGUUGUGUUCAGAAAACUGAAAGCCAAAUCCGAGAACAAGGUGUGCUUCGAUUGCAGCGCGAAGAAUCCAACCUGGGCUUCGGUUACUUACGGCGUCUUUCUCUGCAUCGAUUGCUCUGCUGUUCAUCGUAACCUCGGUGUCCACAUCAGCUUCGUCAGGUCGACGAACUUGGAUUCGUGGAGCCCCGAGCAGCUAAGAACGAUGAUGUUUGGUGGGAACAACCGAGCUCAGGUGUUUUUCAAGCAGCAUGGAUGGAACGACGGCGGCAGAAUCGAUGCUAAGUACACUUCGAGAGCUGCUGAUUUGUAUAAGCAAACUCUCGCUAAGGAAGUUGCUAAAGCCAUGGCUGAAGAAGAAGCUCCUUUGCCUUCAUCUGUUGUUGCUACUUCUCAGCCAGUGGAAUCAUCUGAGCCUCCAGCUAAAGAGACUUCUGCUGCUGUUGCUGUCUCUUCUUCGCCAAAGGCUUCCCAGGGAGCUGUGGCUAGUACCUUUAAGAAACCUCUUGGUGCUAGAAAGACGGGGAAGACUGGUGGUCUCGGUGCUCGUAAGCUUACCACUAAGCCAAAAGAGAACCUUUAUGAUCAGAAGCCUGAAGAGCCUGUACCUGUGAUUCCUGCUGCUUCUUCGACUAAAAUCACAUCAUCAUCAUCAUCAGCGGCUGGAUCAUCGUUUGCCUCUCGGUUUGAGUACUUUGAUGAGGAGCAGCAGUCUGGUGGGCAAAGUGGGACACGUGUGCUUAGCCAUGUUGCUCCACCAAAGUCAUCGAAUUUCUUUAAUGAGUAUGGAAUGGACACUGCUUUCCCCAAGAAGUCAAGCUCAAGCUCCUCCAAAGUUCAAGUUGAAGAAACUGAUGAAGCAAGAAAGAAGUUUUCAAACGCGAAAUCGAUUUCAUCUGCACAGUUCUACGGGAAUCAGAACAGAGAUGCUGAUCUUGAAUCAAAAGCUACACUUCAGAAGUUCUCGGGCUCAGCAGCUAUUUCAAGUGCUGAUCUUUUUGGUCAUGGACAAGAUGAUUCCAACAUUGAUAUCACUGCAAGCGAUCUCAUCAACCGAAUUUCUUUCCAGGCGCAGCAAGAUGUGUCGUCCCUCGUGAACAUAGCGGAAGAAACGACGAAGAAGCUGGGGUCAUUGGCAUCUGGUAUAUUCGGUGAUCUUCAGGAUAGAAUGCUCUAAGAAAACAUGAAACGAUCUUUGCCUUUAUGAUUGACACAAUAUGGGAUUUGAAAGGUUUAUAAAAACACUUUUUAUGUUUGUUCUGUACCAAUAUAUUUGACAGUUUCAGUUUCAACCAAUGUUCUUAAAAGAUUAAAAAACAUCAAAAGUUGACAAAGUCUCUGAAAUCAAUCCUGUAGGAUCUCAAUAUUUGUUGUUAAACA